CAACAAUUUCUGUUUUUGUUCUUCUGCCUCCCUUUUUUGUUCUUCAUUCAAGUGAUUGAUCAGAGUAACAAUGGCGACGACUGCAAGACACUCAGAAGCUCAAGCUCAAUUCCAGUUUACGAAGCAACCGUAUGUCGAAGAUGUUGGACCUAGGAAGAUUCAAAGUAUAAAGUUCUCAAUGAUGUCUGGACCAGAAAUCAUGAAAGCUUCUGAAGUUCAAGUGUAUGAUAGUGGUUUUUAUGAUCAAAACAGAAAGCCUAAGAAGAAUGCAUUGCUCGAUUCUCGUAUGGGUCCUGCUGGUAGCAAAAUGGGUAUCAUUUGUGAAACAUGCCAUGGCGAUUUUGUGAAUUGCCCAGGACAUUAUGGAUAUUUGCAUCUUUGCCUUCCGGUGUUCAAUGUUGGAUACUUCAAUGCGAUUCUUAAUAUUCUUAAAUGCAUAUGUAAGUCAUGUGCUCGAAUACUACUGUCGGAGAAAGAACGUGUAAGUUACUUAAAGAAGAUGAGGAAUCCCAAAGCGGAGGCUUUGCAGAAGACUGCCACAGCCAAGGCGAUAUUAAAAAGUUGUAAACCCAAAACAUGCAGCAGAUGCGGAUACAUCAAUGCUGUAGUGAAAAAAGCAGGAACAGUUAUGGGUAUUAUUCAUGACCGAAGCAAAAAAUUUACGGAUGACACAGAUAAAGAAUGCAAAGCAGCACUUUCUGGGACGAAAGAUUCUGGGACACGUAUUCAAAUUCUUAACCCUGUUAGAGUUCUUGGUCUCUUUAAAAGAAUACUGGACCAGGACUGUGAACUACUAUAUCUCAGUGAUAGGCCUGAGAAACUUAUUAUUACAGACAUUUUGGUGCCUCCUAUAGCUAUCCGUCCUUCUUCUUUUGUAGAUGGAGGAAGAAGUAACGAAGAUGAUAUCACUUCUAAACUUAAUACCAUUAUUCAAACAAAUGCUUCCCUCCGACAAGACUUAGAUGGCAAGAAGUCCACUUCCCAAUGUUUGGGUGAUUGGGAACUACUCCAAGUUGAGGUUGCACAAUAUAUCAAUAGCGAAGUCCGCGGUGUCCCCCUAAGUAUGAUGCAGUCCUCAAAACCAUUACGAGGGUUCGUCCAACGUCUCAAAGGGAAACAGGGGCGCUUUCGUGGGAACUUGUGUGGAAAACGUGUUGAGUAUACUGCCAGGACUGUUAUUUCCCCUGAUCCUAAUCUUAAAAUUACAGAGGUGGGCAUACCUAUCUUGAUUGCUCAAACCUUAACAUACCCAGAACUAGUGUCCCAGCACAACAUAGAGAAGUUAAGGAAAUGUGUUGUCAACGGUGCUUAUAAAUAUCCAGGAGCAAAAUCUAUUAUAUCUGCUGGUUCAGUGAGGAUUCUGAAUAGAAGACGAAAAAGUGAUGCUUAUGGACUCAAAUUUGGAGACAUUGUAGAAAGGCAUCUGGAAGAUGGGGAUGUUGUGUUAUUUAAUCGUCAGCCUAGCUUGCAUCGCAUGUCUAUAAUGUGUCAUAGGGCGAAAAUAAUGCCUUGGAGAACAUUGAGGUUCAAUGAAUCUGUUUGUAAUCCAUACAAUGCUGACUUCGAUGGUGAUGAGAUGAAUAUGCAUGUUCCUCAAACAGAAGAGGCUCGCACAGAGGCUCUCAUGCUGAUGGGGGUGCAAAAUAACUUGUGUACACCAAAAAAUGGAGAAAUUUUGGUCGCAUCUACUCAAGAUUUUCUAACAUCUUCCUUUCUCAUUACACGGAGGGAUACAUUCUAUGAUCGUGCAUCCUUUGCGCUUAUGUGUACUUAUAUGGGUGAUGCAAUAGAAUCUGUUGAUUUGCCAGCACCGGCUUUAAUUAAGCCAGUAGAGCUUUGGACUGGGAAACAGCUAUUCAGUGUUCUAGUUCGCCCUCGUGCUCAGAUGAGAGUCUAUGUAAAUCUUACUGUUACAGAAAAAUCUUACAAGCAGGGCAAAGAAACAUUGUGUCCAAAUGAAGGGUUUGUCUAUUUUCGGAACAGUGAACUUAUUUGUGGGCAAGUUGGUAAAGCUACUUUAGGAAAUGGCAAUAAAGAUGGACUUUUUUCUGUUCUUCUUAGAGAUUAUAAUGCACAUGCUGCUGCUGCUUGUAUGAACCGUCUAGCGAAAUUGAGUGCUCGCUGGAUUGGGAACCAUGGUUUCUCAAUUGGUAUUGAUGAUAUCCAACCUGGAGAGUCUUUAAGGAAAGAGAUACAAGAUAGGAUCAAAAAGGAAAAACAAGAAAAUGAUGCACUUGUUCAGAAAUACAAAAACGGGCAACUUCAAGUUCAACCAGGUUGUGAUGCCGCUCAAACAUUGGAAUCUGAGUUAACAUAUCUUCUCAAUGGAGUUAGAGAGAAAACUGGAAAGAUUUGUAUGGGAACCACGGAACAAAACAAAAAAGUAGAUGAAAAAGUAAAACUGCAUUGGAGGAACAGCCCUCUGAUUAUGUCGCAGUGUGGAUCCAAAGGGUCCCCGGAUAAUAUCAGUCAGAUGAUUGCAUGUGUUGGUCAGCAAUCAGUUGGGGGUCGCCGUGCUUCUAACGGCUUUAUCGACAGAAAUCUUCCCCACUUCCCUAAGAACUCAACCGCACCGGAUGCUAGAGGUUUUGUCGAGAACUCAUUCUACACUGGCUUGACUCCCACUGAGUUUUUCUUUCAUACGAUGGCAGGACGUGAAGGUCUUGUGGAUACUGCGGUGAAAACUGCUGACACAGGUUACAUGUCUCGUAGACUGAUCAAAGCGUUGGAAGAUCUCUCGAUUCAGUAUGAUAAUACAGUUCGCAGUGCUAGUGGUCGUGUCAUCCAAUUUAUUUAUGGAGAUGAUGGCAUGGAUCCCUCUAAAAUGGAAGGAAAGGAUGGAUCUCCCUUAAAUUUUGAUAGAUUGUACAUGAAAGCAAAGGCUACCUGCCCUGCUAGAGGUCAUUCCAGCUUGUCUCCUACGGAGAUCAAAAAGCUUGCUGAUUCUAGACUCUCAGAACUGAUAAUGACCCCAGAAGGUGGUUUCAAGGAAGGGGAAGAAGCUUUCAGUGAAGGGAAAGAAGCUUUUAAGAAAUCUCUCCUGGAUGAAGAAGCUUUCAAGGAAGGGAAAGAAGGUGGGUUUCUUUACAAAUGCAUCACUUCGUUAACGAACACAAGAAAGGGUUUGCAAUUAGAUGAAGAGAAAAUGGGCUCUCAGUCUCUAGAAAAGGUCUCUGCAAAUGUAGCUGGAAUUACUUUGCAACAAUUACAGGUCUUCUUGGAAACCUGUAUUUCUCGUUACUAUACAAAGAGAAUCGAAGCUGGAACUGCAAUUGGAGCUAUUGGAGCUCAAAGUAUAGGAGAACCUGGGACACAGAUGACUUUAAAAACAUUCCACUUUGCUGGAGUUGCUAGCAUGAAUGUUACACUUGGAGUUCCUCGCAUCAAGGAAAUUAUAAACGGUGCUAAAAAUAUAAGUACACCUAUUAUUACUGCUAAACUUGAGAGUGAUAGAGAUGUUAGAUCUGCACGCAUGGUGAAAGGCUGUAUCGAGAAAACAGUGCUUGGCGAGAUUGCUAAAAGCAUCAAAAUAGUUCUCGAAACACGCGAAGCAUACAUACUUGUAACGCUGGAUAUGGAAUUGAUGCGGUGUUCACAAUUGAAGAUUUCUGCUUACAGUGUACGAGAAUCUCUCUUGGGUCAUCAUAAAUUAAAAUUAAGUCCUUCAAAAUCAAAAUUAUAUCCAGAAAAGUAUGUUGAGGUACUGGAUUAUAGAAGUCUGAAAAUUCGUUCUCCUGAGAAAGAUAGAACCAAGAUUCACUUUGCACUGCACUCUUUGAAAUCCAUGCUUCCGGAAGUUGUUGUAAUGGGCAUUCCAACAGUUGAGCGUGUAAUUGUAAGUGAAAAACAGAAAAAGGGCAAGGGUACGGGCGAGUACGAGGUGUUUGUGGAAGGGACAAAUCUUCGAGCUGUCAUGGGAAUUCCAGGGGUCAAUGGAGAGGAAACAACAAGCAACCAUAUCAUAGAAGUCCAAGAAACUCUCGGAAUUGAGGCUGCAAGAAGAUGUAUAAUUGAAGAAAUUCAGCACAUCAUGAAAGAAUAUAGAAUGAGCAUAGAUGUUCGCCACAUGAUGCUCCUAGCAGAUGUGAUGACAUCUAACGGUGAGGUGCUAGGAAUCACAAGAUUUGGUAUCCAAAAGAUGAAGGAAAGCGUGCUUAUGUUAGCGUCAUUUGAGAAAACACAAGAUCAUCUCUUCAACGGUUCCUUAAAUGGAAGAGUGGACAUGAUUGAAGGAGUGAGUGAAUGCAUCAUUAUGGGUAUACCAAUGCAACUAGGCACUGGAAUACUAAAAGUCCGGCAAAGAGUUGAGCAUCUACCACAACUGGAUUACGGCGGGGAACCAAUCCUAUCGUGCACAUGACACAAACUGUAGUACCGUCCCAAUUUCAGGGGUAAAAUAGUUGCACAAGGUCUCUCCAUCUGUUGUAACUUGUAAACAGAGAACAAGCAUUUAAUGGCUAUUGCUUUUUGGGGCGGUACAUUAACAAUUUAUAUAUUUAUUACUCCCUCCGUCCUAAAUUAUUAGUCCGCUUUGACUAAGUCAAGAUAUUAAGGAGACCGGAAAAGUUUACAAAACUAUCCCUGCCGAAUGAUAUAUUAUUACUAAAAUUAAAAGGAGAUUAA